CCCGGCCGGGAGCGGCGUGCAGGUGUGCGGGGCGGGGCUGCGGCCCGGCCCGCCCCCGCGGCACCCGAGGCGGGACCGGUGUCUGCCGCCGCAUCCCCGCCGCGACGGGCGGCCGAGAGUCGGCUUCGUUCCGCUCCGCGCCGCCGCCCGCUGCUCCGGCACCAUGUCCCUCUGCAGGGCCGCCUCGCAGGCGCUGGCCUCCCGCCUGAGCAGGGCUCCUGCCGCCGCCAGCCGCCUCAAGCAGCGUGCGCCUCCUCGCCAGAUGUCAUCUGGGAGUGUUCCUGGCUCUUCCAGAGACAGCAUGAUGAUCUAUCUCCUUGCUGGUGUUGCUGCUUUUGGUGGUUUAUUUUAUGCCUACAGAGUAGUCAGUUCAUCCCGCAGCAAGUUUGUUGAACAUUCAGAUAUUCUUCGUGAGAGAGCCGAGGGGCAGAAAAGCAAUCCUUGGUCAAAGAAGGAAGGUGAUGGAGAAGAGGUGGAUGAGGUCACUGAAGCGGAGAAGGCCACGGAAGAAGCUGAUGCAGCAGCUGCUGCUGAACCUGCGGCACAGGAUGAGAGUGCUGGACCCAGAGCACAGGAUGAGACUUCUGGGGUAUCCCCAGAAGCUGGAGGGGAGAAUGACUCACUGGCUCCAGAGGUAUCCCAUGCUAUGGAGGAAGCACAGCAAGAAGCUGCUGCUAAUUUGGAACUUGCUGCUAAUUCAGAAGCUGCUGCAGUUCAAGUUUCUGAGGAGGAGAAGACAACUGAAGAAGUUGCUAAAGAGCCCUAAAGUAAGCAGUGUGGACGCCUUUGGAAAGUUUAAUGCAAAUAUUUGUGGCAAUCAACCAGCUGACUCCUGUGUGAAACCUCAUACUCUUCCUUGAAGACAUAAAAGAAACUGUGCAGUUUGUCCUACCACACAUUGGCCAUUAUGGCCAGUAUUCAGUGCUGCAAGAGAUGAUUUGCGUCGCCUAGAGAAACGCUUCUGUGACUAACAACUCUGCUGUAGAGAGUAGCAUCCAGCCAAGCCCCUCAGCAUGUCCUAAACACAUGUGCUAAGAGAAGCAGUAGACUUAACUAAACCAUGCCAUAUGAACUCCUUCUGUGUCUCUGUUGUUCUGUUAUGUACACUGAUUCCUUACUUUUGGUCCAAACUGUUGCGUGUAAGUUAUACCUUUGUAACACUCCAUGCUAAAAUGUAAGCAAAAGGUUUCAAAAUCAAGUCAAAAUAUUACAAAAGUACCUGUUAGCAUUUUAAAAUUGGAUCACAGAGAAAAUAACAACGUGUUUGCUCCUGAGUUUGGAUUUGUGAUUGUAAGCAUAGGACAUCUGGCUGCGCAUGACCUAAUUUUCCCCCUGCAUAAACAUUUCAGAUGCUGCAAUUCCUUGCACAGUAACAUCCAGGAGUAAACAUUUUAAGGCUCCUGCUUUGGGAAGAAAACCUGUUUGCAAGUGGUAGCCAUAGGUACUUGAUAAGUGGUGGCUGGCUCCUGCCUUGGGUGUGCUGUGCUCUGCUCCUCCCAAAUCUCAUUCAGCUUGCCGUGGUCUUUCUGGGCUGCUCUGUCUUGGCAGUGGCAUAUACUGGUAGUGUAACAACAUGAAAGUUUGGUAGAAACUUUCAAACUGGUGCAAAUCACAAGCCCUUCAGGCCAUGGCAAAGCCUGUCUCUAACCAAUUGCACAGAGAGAGCAAAACCCCUGUGAAGGGCUAUGCAACAGGUGUUCAAAUGGACAGGCGUUCUUAGGGACUAAGAAAGAACCAAAUAGCUAAAUAACCUUGUUUUCACAGUUUUAGCUUCAUAAAAAAAAUACAUUUAUUAUGAAUAACAGGUUUGGAUGCCGCUGUGCUCCUAACCCUCACGUGCUACCUGCACGAGCGUGCACCUGAGACCCCACUGCAGCCAUCACAGAAUGGCAAUGAUUCUAAACCAGAGGCAAAUAAUGUAUAUUAUGUACUAUUUAUAUAGGAAGUGUGUUGCAUAAGGUGUGUCUGACUCUUCUCUCUUCAAGAAGAAGUCUGGAAAAUGUUGAAAGGGAAACGAAAGCAUUAUGACAUUCCUACCCACGGCACAAAGCAACAACACAUGCUCCUUCCCCCAUCAUAAAGCAAAUUAUAAUAAGUUCCAACAAAGAUAUAGCCUGUUGCUCCUGGACCUACUUAGGAAUAACUGGAAUAAUGCAGAGGCAAAAGCAGGCUCCUAAGCUUCAAGAAGACAAACCACAGCCUUCUGCUUAAAGGAUAAAGCCUCUGUGAUUAAAAAGCAAUUUUUGUAGACCAAGCUACUGGAAUAAAAAUCUUAGACUGAUA